AUGAUUCUUCUCGAACAGAACAACCAAAUCAUUAGCGAAAUAUUGGAACAAAAGUUUUCAAACGUUAAAGAAGGAGGACAACCCGACAAAGUGAAUGUGAACUUCUGUGAUUUUGAUGGCGUUUACUACUUGCUCUCAAAUCCAAAUGGAGAUAAGUCAAAGAUUCGGUUGAGCAUUGCUUUGAAGUUCUUCAAAGAAUUACAACAACAUGGAGCAGAUACGCUCUUACAACGUGAGUAUGGUUCGCUUCUUGUCACCCCUGAGCCGCAAUUCAAUGUGACUCUGGAAUUCGAUUUAAACGCGAUCCCGAAUGAUUAUUCCGAAAUUCUUCGCAAGGCUUCUAUGCUGAAACGGAAUUGCUUUGCGUCGGUAUUCGAGAAAUACUUUGAAUUCCAGGAAGCUGGACAGGAAGGACAAAAGCGAGCAGUUAUCAAUUAUCGUGAAGAUGAAACGAUGUACAUUGAAGCAAAGCCGGACCGUGUGACUGUGAUCUUCAGUACGCUUUUCAAAGAUCCAGACGAUGUGAUAAUUGGCAAAGUGUUUCUGCAGGAGUUUCGGGAAGGGAGAAAAGCUUCUCAAACGGCUCCUUCGGUUUUGUAUUCGCUGGGAGAGCCACCAAUGGAGUUGCGAGAUCAGCCGGGUGCACGAGUUGGAGACAACGUUGGAUAUAUUACUUUCAUUUUGUUUCCCCGACACACCAACAAGAAGACGCGUGACAACACUAUUGAUUUGAUUCACACGUUCCGGGAUUAUCUUCAUUACCAUAUCAAAUGUUCCAAGGGAUAUCUUCAUUCGAGAAUGAGGGCAAAGACGUCCGAUUUUCUCAAAGUGUUAAACCGUGCUCGUCCUGAAGUGAAGAUGGAGAAAAAGACAUUCAGCGGACGCACUUUCCUUGCUUCA